AUGAAGAGAAAUGAAUCCUAUAUUAACAGUUUAACAAUAGGCUCCAAAAACAUUGGCAGCCAUCAAUCCACUGAUUUCAAGAAAUUACUUGAUAUAUUCCUUAAACUAAUAGGUGAACACCUGAUGAUUGACAUUUGGUUUAUCCAAGAAAUCAGAUUUGUAUCUCAGGAACAAUUUAAUUAUAUCAACAAAAUAUUAAAACAACACAAUGCACAGCUUAGAAUGCAUCAUUUUGAAGAUCUAACGGGUUUUCUUAUUCAUUCGCCACAUGCUAAACUAAAAUUUAAAAUAAGAGACAAUGACAAUCAUCACACAACACAUUUUGAAGGUCGUAUUAGCAUCUUGGAUAUUACGUUAAUUACAAAUGAAGACAUAACUUUGAUUAAUAACUAUUUACAUAGUGGAAAUAUGGAUGCACAGAUGACUCUACUAAAAGCAUUCAUUAAAUAUAUUGCAAACUUGAAAAAACACACCAACCAUAAUAUAAUUUAUGGUGGUGAUUAUAAUCACAUUAUGCUGCUAGAUGAUGUACAACUACCACUGGACCAAACUCGUUAUAUUAUCUCCAAAAAAGAGCUGGAAAUUAUUCAGCUAAUGUCAAAUUUUUAUAAAAAAUGGAAACUUCAAGAUGCUUUCCAGAUACGCAACAACCUUCAACCCACAAAUUUUCAUUCUAACAAAUCUGUAAAGAAAAGGUUAGAUAGAAUAUAUAUUGACUCCAGGAUUAGAAGAAAACUUCGAAACUGCCGAAUUCUAGAAGAGUUUAAGCAAAUCUCGACUCACAAAAUUAUUGCGAUGUCCUUCCAAAUUCAAAAAGAACCUAUCCUAAAGGUUGGUAACCCACGUUACCUGAUACCUCAAUGGAUGAGUCAAGAUGAAAAUAUAAUUAAAGAUCUAAAUAACAAUGAACAAAGUAGUCUCACUCCUUUUUCUAAUUGGAAUGGAAUUAUUAACCGGAUAAAAGAAAAGGUGAUAUUUUAUGAAAAAUACCAACGAUAUAUCAGAGCAUACAUUCCACAUGCCGGAAAUUUUCCUGAUGAAAAGAUGCUUAAAUUCAGAUUUAGGCCCUCGUUUAACUUUUCCAUUAUUACAGAAAUGCAGACUGAAUCUGGUAAUACAGUUCAAGACACAGAAAUAAUGAUAAAUUUAGCGACAAAAUUCUACCAAGAUUUGUUCUUGGUAGAAGAUAGGCAUUUGGAAUCAUUUACCUUUGUGGAACAGUUUGACAAAAAGAUAGACGAUACUGAUAAAGUUUUGUUGGAAAAAGCUUUCAUUGAAGACAAUGUAUAUGACCAUUCACUAAUGAUCAAUAAGAAAACUGCAGUGGGAACUGAUGGCAUUUCUUACCAAAAUCUCAUUGAAUUAUGGCCCAGUUUAGGUGAAAGCCUCAUAAGAGCAGGAAAUAAUAUUUUGAAAUAUGGAACUUUGCCACAACAAAUGAGUGAAGUGAUUAUUACAUUAAUACCCAAGAAACUGAAGACACCUAUAAUUGAAAACUUUCGACCUAUCAGUGUUAUCAGCUGUGCCGUACGAUUGUUAUCAUCAGUAAUAGAAAAACAACUAAAUCCAGUCUUGGCAAAGGUUAUUGAGAAAACUCAAACAGGCUUCCUUAAAGAAAGAUCCAUUAGUAAUAGCAUAUACCUCCUCGAUAUGGUUCUUACAAGAUAUCAGACUUCUAAAACUGCAGAUGCAGAAUCAGCAGGGUUUAUUAAUCUUGACUUCAGAAAAGCUUUUGAUUCAGUACAUCAUGAUUUUAUAUUGAAAGUUUUACAACAAGUAGGAUUCGGGCCUAAGGCGACGAAUUUCUUGAUGGCAAUAACUGCAAAGCAAAAAGCAAAAGUCAGUAUUAAUAAUAUUGAAGGCCCAUGCUUCCCACUUAAACGUGGGGUUAGACAAGGCAAUCCUAUUUCACCUUUAAUCUUUAUUUUAAUCUUAGAGACCUUUCUCGCUAGAUUGAGUAAGGAAAUUGAGGGAAUAGGAGUGGUGAAUGAAGUUUCGCUGGUUGCAUACACUGCAUAUGCAGAUGAUGUGAUCAUCUUUUUCAAGAACAAGAAUGAUCAAGAAAGAAUUCAACAACUUUUAGAAGACUUUGGAAGGGAAUCAGGCCUUUAUCUUAACAAUAAUAAAACAGAGGUUUGUUAUUUCAAUGACAUUCCGGAGAUUUCCUUUUUACCAUAUGUUUCAAAGAAGCUACAAUUAGAAAAAUUAACAUAUCUAGGAGUACCGAUGAAAAAAGCAGAUGAAGAGUUCGAUCCUUGGACACUGUUUGUUCUAAACCUCAACGCUCAAAUUCGAAUGACACCGAUACUGGAUCUUCCAUAUCAGUUGAUUAUGAAAUUGAUGAAUAUCUUUAUUUUUUCUAAAUUAUACUAUAGAGAUUUACAUUCACCGAUUCUGACGACAGCAGUGUCGAGUAUUAUAACAACAGUUCAACAAAGACUUCCAUUAUACUUCAAGCUUCAGAGAUUGCAAACCCCUAACCAUUUGGGUGGUUUCGGUUUGAUGAACCCCAAUCAUCAAGUAAAAGGUCGAAGAGGUAAACAGAUAUAUCUUUUAUACACACAAGAAGAUGACUUGAUAAUUAAAUUUAUGAGAACUAAAAUUCAAGAUAUUCUUGAUAAUAUUGCAAAGGAUUAUUAUACAAUGCCAACGGAACCAGAUAAAUUGAUAGUUUAUCCAUGGUAUCUUUUUGGGAUGGGUGUAUCCUGUCAUCUGUCUCUACAAUUUAGAUACUUGAAAGAACGAGUAUAUGAGAAUCUUACAAAGCUGGAAAUCUCGUGGUUUGAAGCUUGGUUUCAAUUGGUCCACUACACAGGCCCUCCUGUGGAAACUCCAAUUAUAAUCAUGCUGAUAGAAGACUAUGCAAAUUUAAUUAUACAACCUCAAACGGAAAGCAUUAAAUUAAUGUCUCCGAAUUUUGAAGAACAAUCUUUAUCUGAGCAAACUUUUCAUCACACUUCAAGGAAAUUAUGUCCUCAAGCUCCGAUUAUUCCAGAAGGUUGGGGCAAACAUUUUGAUACAAUUAAAAGUCUAACCAUUUCAGAUUGGACUGAAUUUUGGAAGAAUAUGAACAAAGUCCAAAAACAGAGCGUUGGAUCUUUACAAGAUUAUCAUCUUUUUAUCCUUGGUUAUUAUUCACAUUAUCCUUUUUAUCCUAAUUAUAAAAAACUGGAGAUACACUUUUGCCAAUUGUGUAAUACGGGUACUGAUUCGAUAGUACAUCAUAUUUUUGAAUGUGGUGAGACUAUGGAAUUAUGGCUGAAACAUUUUAAUAGUCAGAGAACUCCACAAUUUAUUAUUGGAAACAAACAUCUACAUAAGAAAGAUUUAUAUGCCUUAAACGAGUACAUCAAGGAAGUGGUUCAAAAGGUGAAACGACGAAGAGGUUCACCAAUUUUGAAUCAGGGAGAAAGGGAAAAUGUGGACGCUGGAACAAAUGUACUCGUUUAG